GUUUAUAUUACAUACGAGAUUCGUUUCUAUGUAGAACGGCGUAGUGUCUCACAAAUUCUACUAUAAAAAUUAUUUUUUUUUUUUAUUUUUCUUAAAUGUGAAAAUGUCUGAACAUUGGUCAAGUCUAAGAUGACUUUCUGUAUCAAAUUUAUGAAGUAAACUAACCCCAAUUGUUUUAUAGAAGGCAGUAUGUUUUAUUGAUUACCAGGUGGUAAUUGUAAUCACGACAUGGCAUCGCGCAGAUGGUUUCAUCCGAACAUAUCAGGUUUAGAAGCAGAACGACUUUUGAUGGAACGUGGAUAUGACAGUUCUUUUUUAGCAAGGCCUAGUUCUUCUAAUCCUGGAGAUUUCACUUUAUCUGUCAGGCGAAACGGAGAAGUGACUCAUAUUAAAAUUCAAAAUACUGGUGAUUUUUAUGAUUUAUAUGGUGGAGAAAAAUUUGCAACUCUUUCGGAAUUGGUGCAAUUCUAUAUGGAAAACGAUGGACAAUUGAGGGAAAAAAAUGGUGAAGUUAUUGAAUUAAAAUAUCCAUUAAAUUGUGCUGAUCCAACGACUGAAAGAUGGUUUCAUGGACAUUUAUCAGCAAAGGAAGCAGAACGAUUGAUGUUAGAGCGUGGUAAAAAUGGAUCAUUUCUUGUACGUGAAUCACAGAGUAAACCUGGCGAUUUUGUGUUAUCUGUACGCACAGAUGAUCGUGUGACUCAUGUUAUGAUUCGAUCUCAGGAUAAUAAAUAUGAUGUUGGAGGUGGGGAAAAAUUUGAUAGUCUCAGUGACCUUAUAGAACAUUAUAAACGUAAUCCAAUGGUGGAAACUAGUGGAAGUGUUGUUCACCUAAGACAACCGUUUAACGCGACAAGGAUAAAUGCCAGUGGAAUAGAAAGCAGAGUUAGACAAUUACAUAAAGAAAAUGGAUGUUCGAAUGGAUGGCUAUGUUGGAAUGGUGCAGCAACUGGCGAAGAAGGUGGAGCAGUUCGGGGUAAAGGAAAAGCCGGCUUUUGGGAAGAAUUCGAAUCAUUACAGCAACUUGAAUGUCGUCAUCUCUUCUCGAGAACUGAAGGAUUACGAGCUGAGAAUAGAGCCAAGAAUCGUUAUAAAAAUAUAUUACCAUUUGAUCACACGAGAGUUCGUCUAAUCGAUGUGGAUCCAAAUGUUCCUGGCUCAGACUACAUCAAUGCGAAUUAUAUCAAAAAUGAUGAAAAAGAAGGUUCCGGUGUUGGUAUGGGAGGCAUUGGCGAUAAUGGAUUAUUCAAUAAAUGUUAUAUAGCUACUCAGGGAUGUUUACCGAAUACAAUUCAAGAUUUUUGGCAUAUGGUUUAUCAGGAAAAUACUCGUGUUAUUGUAAUGACUACAAAAGAAAUUGAGAGGGGAAAGAAUAAAUGUGCUCGAUAUUGGCCGGAAGAAGGUGAAGUUAGUGAAUAUGGCGGAGAAUGGAAAGUACGAGCACUUGCUCGCACCUCUACAGCAGAUUAUACAUUACGAGAAUUUCUUCUCCAAGGAAGUAAGCCUAAUUUUUCUGAGCCAAGAAAGAUUUUUCAUUAUCAUUUUCAGGCCUGGCCCGAUCAUGGAGUUCCAUCAGAUCCAGGUUGUGUGUUAAAUUUUCUUCACGACGUUAAUGCAAGACAGGAAUCGAUCGCUGCCACCGCUUCGACUGGGGUUCCAAGUAGUCAAACUCCAACGGCUGUUGGACCAGUUCUUGUACACUGUAGCGCCGGAAUCGGUCGAACGGGAACAUUUAUUGUCAUAGAUAUGAUUUUGGAUCAAAUUAAACGACAUGGCCUUGAUUGUGAAAUUGAUAUUCAAAGGACCAUUCAGAGGGUAAGAUCCCAAAGAUCCGGAAUGGUACAGACUGAAGCGCAAUACAAAUUCGUGUACCUAGCUGUUUUGCAUUAUAUUGAAACUGUCUCGCAACGGAUGCAAGCCGAACAGAAAUCGUUACAAUUAGGUCGAGAAUAUACCAAUAUUCGUUAUAAAAGUGAAACGAAUGCUAUUAAUUCAGGUCUUGGAGAUACACCAAUUUCCACGCCAACUAUGCUUUCAAAUUCGUUGAGUUUUAAUCUUCCCACUCCGGUUGGAAGUCUUAAACCGAAAUGAGCAUAAAAUUUCUACGCGCUUUUAGGCCUAAGGCCAGUCAUAGAGGCACAGUGAUUAUGUAUUAAAAAACAAAAAAUGUCAUUCCUAAACGUUCGUCACAAUAUUUGAAACAGACUUUGAAUUUGCAUACUUUAUUUAUUUAAAACAAUAUUUCUAUCUAUACAGGAUGGCUAUAAAUAAGUUAAGUCUUCUGACAAAUUUUAUUUCAUAAAAUAAGAUUAUAAUGAGAUUUAAAACAAAUCUCAUACGGCCUUUGUAAUAGUACGAAUAUAUAUAAAUUUUUUUUUUUAAACAAUUUUUGAUGCCAUUACAUAUUUGAGACAAGAACACUACUUUCAAUUCACUAGCGGGCCAUUUGUUAAAAUUUUAUUUAUUAUAAAACGAACAUUUGUAUCGUAUUAUGCAAAGUUCUGAGCGUUGCAUUAGAAAUGCAAUGAGCCUUUCAAAAGCUGUGAAAUUAGCGUUGCUGUAUAUCUUACGAUCGGCGGAAAUGCCACAAAUAAGAAAGAGAUCUUCAUUAGAAAUGUAACUUUAUUAGAAGAGAAGAAUUACAAUGAUGAAGAAAUAAUUUGACAAUUAUACAAAUUUUUAGAAUGCUUAUUAUAUUUAGAUGUGUUUAGAACAAUCGUGAAUCAAACGAUUUUCAAGUCACGUUUUCAAUCACAAUUUUAUAUUUCCAUUUGCGUGAUACUCGUUUAAUUAUAAUUUCAUUAACCCACAACAGUUGUCAUUCAAUAAUUUUUUUUUUUUAGUUAAUGAAAUGAUUUUUACGCGUUUGCAUGCUUUUUUUUAAUUUUUAAUACAUUGCAACUGGCGUAACUUAGAUUUUAUAUUAUCAAGUUUAUUUUUAUUGCAGUCUUAAUAUUAACAUCAAAACAGUUCUCUUUCACAUUUAUACACAAGACAAUCAACUAUUUUAUUAUUAAAAAAAAAAAAAAUCGUCAGAAAUUGAAUUUUUAUCGUACCAAAAAAAAAAUGAAAAUUUUACAGAGACUUAUUCCAGAGAGAACUGCAUUUUCCACUGAUAGUUUCUUUUUUAUUUUUAUCAAUCAAGUAUUACUUUUAUUAUCGAAAUUGUAAAACGUGAUACAUAAAUCAACACACUGCACACGAUUCAUGUUAUUCCAUGAAAAAUUCAAUUUCGAUACUUAUAUAUAAUUAAAAAGAAAAAAAAAAUGAAUUAAACGUGAGAUAAAUUGUAAUGAAUUUUACGAAUGUAGAAAAUAUUUAAUGCGUAGAUAGGAUAUUUAGAAUAAUGAAGGAAGCAAUUUGUCAAUGUGUUCAUUUAUGUAUUAUUUUUCAUUAUUUUAUUAGUAAUUAAAAUUCGAAUUUUAUUAUAUUGUUUUGGACUUUGUGCACACUUGUAAAAGUGUCGACAAAUUGUACGCAUAAAAAAAAAUUAUUAUUGAAAAGAAAAAUAGACUUCGAUUAUGAUUUUUAAAUAAUUAUAUAUAUUUUUGUUAUAUCGCUAGAAAAUACCAAGUGAAUAUUUUUGCUUGGAUUGUGUAAAAAGUAAAUUACAUUGAAUUUUAUAUGAGGGCGAAAAAUAUUUGUUUUUCUAAUCAAAAAGCACAUGAUAAUUAUAUUAUUAUUAUUAUUUGUGGGACGCAUUAUUUUGCAUAUAAAGUGUCAGACAUUAGUUUAUAAUACUGCUUCAAUUUUUGUACUUGGUUGUCCAAUGGCUUAUAUAAAUUGUAAACUUUUGUAGCAGUAAACGUAAAUGUGAUAUCUUUAAAAUAAAUUUUAUAAAGCUUUAUUAAGUUAACAGAAAUUAAACAUGUGCUGCACACAGA